CAUUACCUAUAUUAGCGACUAUGACCGUAUAGCUACCCACCGUGCAAUACGGAACUUGUCCCGAUCAAAACACUAUAAAAGACACGUAUUGCUUGUAACAGUCUUCACUAGGCAAAGACGGCGAGCAAGUGGAUCCAGUCGUAUCGCAAGGCGGUUAUCCAUAGUCAGUCAGCAGCAGCAUGGACGCGCGUGUGGUGAUGGUGCUACUCUGCACCUGUCUUGCUCUACCAGCGUCGUGCUAUGACACUCGGGAUGCCAUUCUGCCCAUAGACCCAGCCGAACUCGACAGGCUUCUUCAGGCACCAAGACCGUCGGAGCUAGGACGGAUUCUGGAUAAUAUCGGUGCUGUGUAUACGCACUGGGGGCGUAACACCUGCAGCCAAGACUCCACACUUGUCUACGAAGGAUUCGUAGGUGGAACAUGGUACAAGGCGAAAGGAGGCGCUGCACAGUAUUUAUGUCUGCCAUUAGUCCCCGAGUACAGCCAGUUCAUUCGUAAAAGGCAGGGGAACUCGAACAUCCAGACAGCCGAGCUCGAGACCAAAUCCAAGCAGAUACCGGCCUUCGAGCGCCAGAAUCAACACACGCCUGUGUGCGCAGUGUGCCAAGCUUUCCGCCGUCCUGCUUACUUCAUGUUUCCAGCACGCGUGACGUGCCCCACUGGCUGGACCAAGGAAUAUGACGGGUAUCUGAUGUCGGCCGCCGAAAGGCAGGAACGUACGGAAUUUAUCUGUGUGGAUAGCGAGCCGGAGGUACUCGAGGGUACAAGCAAAAAUGACAACGGAGCUCUACUGUAUUUCAUAGAGACCAACACCAGAACUAGUAUGCCAGAUACGUACAUGGGGGAGAAGGAGUUAACCUGCUCUGUCUGCACCAAGUAACACAAUUGCGAUCCUGGGAACAUAGCUCUGACCAUCACGCCUUCCAUUUGAAAAAACUACUCACCUCCCAGUAAUCCUGAUUAAAUUUUGAUUUUCUCACGCGCUCCAUAUCUCGCUACAUAUCACAUGCUAACCCUAGGACGGCCACCACGUUCAGUACUCCUAGAACGACCAAACAGUGUCAUUUGACACCUGCAUAUGAUACAUUUCUAUGUCCAUGACCAAUAUUAUAGUUCUGUUGUCAGUGUAGGCUAUCACUAGUAGUGGCAUUUAUGAUGUAGACAUUACGCUUUGCCCAGAGAACAUUUUUUAGCUAUAGGCAACCAAAGUACAGACUGUCAGUGUACGCGUAUCGGCAAUUGCGAAGAUUGACCUCAAAUACUGGAAAAAACCUUCAAUCACUCGCAUAGGAUUUUCUUAUAAUCACAGCAUUACAAUAACAAGCAAUGUGUAAACGUCA